UGUGAUUUUCCAUCGAGUUUCACGUCUUUUCGAUUUUCCCAAAUUGUUUGCUUCUCUUGUCACCUCUCACUAAAUUCAUUACAGUAGCUAAGGUAUCUAACUUAGUUUUCUCGUUCAAGGAUUGAACGAACGGAGUCCUUGUCGACCUUCAUCGAAGAAAUGGAGAUUAACGCUUUAGCUGGCACGAGAAAGCCUUCCAAUCGUCAUUGUCUGCUCGUUAAGAAGGCGACACAUGGCGCAGAUUAAUUAUGAGCGAUUGCUUCAGGAUUAAACGAUCCUCUGGCCGAGUAACGGAGAUUCGCCGCAUACCGACCGGAAAUGCUGAUGUAACGAGACGAACGGCGCCUAAUACCAAUCCCGUGCAGCAAUUCGACGAAGACGAUGCACAGUGGCGAGAAGAGGAAAAGACGAAGAGAGAAACUUCAAGGUGGUUACGAAGAGGUUGCAACUCGGCUCGAAUAACGGAUUGUUGUGUUACUCACAAGCAGAGCAACAUACAUCACAGAGUCAACAUACAUCAGGAUGUUGACAUUAAUCCGCUCUGGGAGGUAUAUCUCGGGAUCCGCAAACUGCUCUUAAACUCGAAGUCACGUGAGCGAUUCCGUGGGACGGUUCGGAGAUCAAAGAGCAAGGAAGCACCUAGAGAGGAACGAGUCCCAUAGGAGAACCUGCC